AUGAAGACGGGAUGUGUCGCUCUAGUUUUAUGUUUAAAUAUUAGUGUGGAUCCACCUGAUGUAAUCAAGAUAUCUCCUUGUGCCAGAAUGGAGUGCUGGAUAGAUCCUUUUUCCAUGGCACCUCAAAAAGCACUUGAGACAAUUGGGAAAACCUUGAGCAUUCAGUACGAAAGGUGGCAACCAAAGGCUCGCUAUAAGUAUCAACUUGAUCCUACUGUGGAGGAAGUGAAGAAACUUUGCAAUACGUGUCGCACAGCAGCCAAGUCAGAGAGAGUUCUGUUCCAUUAUAAUGGACAUGGUGUACCAAAACCAACUGCUAAAGGCGAAAUUUGGCUCUUUAAUAGGAGUUAUACGCAGUAUAUCCCCUUGCCAAUCAGUGACCUUGAUUCCUGGUUGAAGACACCAUCAAUAUAUGUUUUUGACUGCUCUGCUGCUGGGAUGAUUAUCAAUGCCUUCAAUGAGCUUAACGAUUGGGGUGCUUCUGGAUCCUCAAGGGAUUGCAUUCUGCUUGCAGCCUGUGAAGCACAUGAGACUCUUCCCCAGAGUGCUGAUUUUCCCGCUGAUGUGUUUACUUCUUGCCUCACUACUCCUAUAAAGAUGGCAUUAAGAUGGUUCUGCAAACGGUCCUUGCUUCGUGACUCCCUAGAUUAUUCGCUUAUAGAUAAAAUUCCUGGAAGGCAGAAUGACAGGAAAACACUUCUCGGUGAAUUGAACUGGAUUUUUACAGCUGUGACUGACACAAUUGCCUGGAAUGUUCUUCCUCAUGGUAAUUUUUCACUCUAUAUAGAUUUGAUGCACCAUAGCAUGGGUUUUAGCUUUUCAUUUAACUUGUGGAUUUGUGCUGCAGAUCUUUUCCAGAAACUGUUCAGGCAAGAUUUGUUGGUUGCCAGUUUAUUUCGAAAUUUUUUGCUUGCGGAGCGAAUUAUGCGUGCUGCUAAUUGUUCCCCCAUCUCUUACCCUAUUUUGCCACCAACCCAUCUGCAUCAUAUGUGGGAUGCAUGGGACAUGGCUGCUGAGAUCUGCCUUUCGCAGCUUCCAUCACUGAUUGAGGACCCUAAUGCGGAGUUCCUGCCUAGUCCAUUUUUCACUGAACAAUUGACGGCUUUUGAGGUAUGGCUCGAUCAUGGAUCCGAACAUAAGAAACCACCAGAGCAAUUGCCUAUUGUCCUUCAGGUUUUGCGUAGUCAAGGCCAUCGAUUUCGGGCACUGGUUCUUCUUGGAAGAUUCCUUGAUAUGGGACCCUGGGCCGUCGAUCUGGCUUUGUCUGUUGGAAUAUUUCCAUAUGUCCUGAAGCUGUUGCAAACGACGACACCAGAACUAUGGCAAAUUCUUGUUUUCAUAUGGACUAAAAUUCUUGCAUUUGAUAAGUCUUGUCAGGUUGAUCUGGUAAAGGAUGGGGGUCAUACAUAUUUCAUUAGAUUUCUUGAUAGCAUGGAAGCAUAUCCAGAACAGCGUGCAAUGGCUGCAUUUGUUUUGGCUGUAAUUGUGGAUGGGCACAGAAGGGGCCAGGAAGCUUGUAUCGAAGCUGGUUUGAUUCAUGUCUGCUUGAAGCACCUUCAGGGUUCAACACCAAGCGAUGCACAGGCUGACCCCUUAUUUCUUCAGUGGCUUUGCCUCUGUAUGGGAAAGCUGUGGGAGGAUUUCUCAGAGGCCCAAAUAAUGGGUUUGCAGGCUGAUGCCCCUGCUAUAUAUGCUCCUCUAUUGUCUGAGCCCCAGCCAGAGGUUAGGGCUUGUGCUGUUUUUGCGCUUGGCACCCUGCUUGACAUGGGGGGUGAUGCAUGUAGUGAUGGUGCUGGAGUUGGAGGAGAUGAAGAAUGUGAUGAUCACGAAAAGAUUAAGGCUGAGAUUAGUAUUGUUAGAAGCCUUUUAAGUGUUGUUUCAGAUGGAAGCCCACUGGUUAGGGCAGAGGUUGCUGUGGCUCUGUCUCGCUUUGCCUUUGGCCACAACAAGCAUCUCAAGUCAAUUGCUGCUGCAUAUUGGAAACCACAGCCUAAUUCUCUACUUAGCUCUUUACCUUCUUUGGCUCAUAUAAGCAGCAAUAGUAGUAGUAGUAGUGGUGGAUAUGGUAAUUUAAAUAUUGUUUCAUCCCAGAUUGGUUCUCUAUUGAGAGUCAGCAAUGACAAUCCAUCAGUGAUUAGAGAUGGAAGGGUCUCCAUCAGCAGCCCUCUUGCUACUUCUGGCAUUAUGUAUGGUUCUCUUUUAUCUGAUGAUUCUGAUUCUAGAAUAUUGAAUGAUGGUGUCAGCAAUGUGGUUGUUAACCAUUCAAGGUCAAAACCAUUGGACAAUGCAAUGUAUUCACAAUGCGUGUUGGCUAUGUGUACAUUAGCCAAGGAUCCAUCUCCACGCAUAUCCAAUCUUGGUCGACGGGUGUUGUCCAUUAUAGGGAUUGAGCAAGUAGUGGCAAAACCUUUCAAGCCCACAGCAGCAUCUCCAACUCCUCUUGCUGGAUUAGCUCGGUCAUCUUCUUGGUUUGAGAUGAGAGGAGGUCAUUUGCCUUUAACUUUCCGAACACCUCCUGUUAGCCCUCCUCAGCGUAAUUAUUUAGCAGGAAUGGGAAUGCGAAGAGUUUAUUCCUUGGAGUUCAGGCCUCAUGCGUUGAAUUCUCCAGAGACAGGAUUAGCUGACCCACUUCUUGGUGCUGGGGGAUCAUCUGGGGCUUCAGAACACAGCCUACUUCCGCAAUCAACAAUCUACAAUUGGAGUUGUGGCUACUUCUCCAAGCCACUUCUUACUGCAUCAGAUGAUAGUGAAGAAAUACUGGCUAGAAGAGAGGAGAAGGAGAAAUUUGCGUUGGAGCACAUAGCAAAAUGCCAGCACUCAUCUGUUAGCAAGCUUAAUAAUCCAAUUGCUAGCUGGGAUACGAGGUUCGAAACUGGUUCCAAAACAAUAUUGCUUCAACUCUCUCCUAUUGUUAUUGCUGCAGGUGAGAGUGAACGAAUCAGGAUAUGGAAUUAUGAGGAUGCUGCCUUACUCAACAGUUUUGAUAAUCAUGAUUUUCUUGAAAAAAGAAUUAGUAAGCUGAUGGAAAUAUCCGAAUUUGAAAAGAUUAUAAUCUGA